AUGUCAGCGCACAACCAGGGCACACUGGUGACUUCACUGCUGUGUAACUCAGCAUGGGGUUCAGUUGUGAAUGAGGCCAGACUUGACCUGUUUGCCAGAAAGCAGAUACCAUAUGAGGCCAUCCCUCCAACCAGAGCAGCUCUGCUCCAACACACCAAACGUUCAGCAUAUCAGGCAGGUUGUAAAAUCACAUCCCCCUACGGCCUCGCAGACCUUAUCUUCUAUGUGUUCCGCGCCGCCUGUAAUGUGUUGUCAGUGUUGUGUGUACAGUCGCAAUACUCCACGUGGCGGGAGGACGCGGCCAACACACACCGCCUCAAACGUUUGCAACACCUACACCUGAACAACACGGGGAAGACAUACAGCACCACAGGAGGAGGAGGAGGAGGAGGAGGAGGAUCCGAUCUUCCCAUGGCCUAUCAGAACCCAGCAUUUUUAGGGGGGCAGGAACCCACCCCCGCCCCCCUGCCCCCCCGCCCCCUCCUCACCAGAUCACUCUCCCGCGCCUCAUCUCUGGGCUGGACCGCGGAGAUGACCCAGACUCACCCACCAGCAUCCACGGCGUCACUGCAAAUGCAAAUCCAGCCGCUGCAGGUUCGAACGGGGCUGCCUGGCUGGGACCCUUACUUAAACAGAGAAUCUACGAGUGAAUUUAAUGCUGCCACUUUCUCCCCGGCCUCUGUUGGGUUCAUGCCGCUGGUCGCAGGAGGAGGAGGAGGAGGAGGAGGAGGCCCGUCAUCCGCCACUGCAAGGAACUCCCUCGCCCACUACACUACCCCCACCUCCUCCUCCUCUUCCCCCCCCUCCCCCACCUCCUCCCCCUACACUAUCUACCACCACAACCCCCCCCACCUCCUAUACCCCCUUCCCCUCGCCCCCCUCGGCCCCCCUUCGAUAAAUGGAGGAUUGGAUUCCUUCUCCUACGCGGCUGGAACUCAAAGUCUCGACAGAAGAAGGUACGUUCGGCGGUGGCAAGGUGUUGGCGGUGGCGGCGGUGGUGGUGGUGGUGGUGUUGUUGGAGGUGCCAGUAGCAAAUCGUCGCUUGGAGGUGAGAGUGAUGAUCUACGGAGGUACAGAGACGUGGCUUUGUGAGUGAUGGUGAUGAUGAAGUGGUGGUGAUGAAGUGGUGUUGAAAAAAAGUAGUGGUGAUGAAUUGGUGAUGAAAAAACGAAUUGGUGUUGAUUUUGGUGAUGAUAAUGUGGUGGUGAUGAUGAAAUAAAGCAGUGGUGAUGAAUUGGUGAUGAAAAAAGGACACGGUGUUGAUUUUGGUGAUGAUAAUGUGGUGGUGUUGAUGAUUUAAAGCAGUGGUGAUGAAUUGGUGAUGAAAAAACGAAUUGGUGAUGAAAAAAGGAAAUGGUGUUGAUUUUGGUGAUGAUAAUGUGGUGGUGUUGAUGAUUUAAAGCAGUGGUGAUGAAUUGGUGAUGAAAAAACGAAUUGGUGAUGAAAAAAGGAAAUGGUGUUGAUUUUGGUGAUGAUAAUGUGGUGGUGUUGAUGAUUUAAAGCAGUGGUGAUGAAUUGGUGAUGAAGAAACGAAUUGGUGAUG